AAACUACCCGAGGGUGAGUAAAUGAUUACAGAAAUGUAUUAUAAGAAUUUAUAUUAUAUUAAUUAAGUUGUUUGCGGGCCAAUCCAGUAGUACACAAAUCUAGAUUUUUGAUCUUUGUAUCCCAGUUUUUACAGUGUUUCAGUCUUAAAACUAGUUUACAUAACACCAAUUAAUUGCGUACAACCAAAAGUUCAAUCGUUUCAGUAAACGCUCUUCUCAAGAAAUGAGGCUGCAGACUUGCCGUAGCCGUUUGUUUGGUGGGCGGGACAAAUACAAAGGCAAACAGGUCAAGAGGAGGAGAAACCACGUGUGACAGCCAGGCUGAGUGCUAUCCUUCGGAAGUGAAGUUGUUUUUGUAAUAUCUUUGCAUGUAACAGCCAGCCAUUCCGUCUAACGGUGAAGGCCAUUCAACAGACUUACAGCAAACCCGUCAGCAACGGAAAUCUGUUGCUAGCUUCGAAACCGAGUUUAGUCUUGUGGCAUACGAAUCAUGGUUAGCAAGACGGAUGACAUCCCAGCACCAGUCCCGACCUGUAACACCGUUGAUUUGGCCAGAGAAGGCGAAACGGCGAACAGCAAAGAGACCAGCAAGACAGCCUUGCAAGAUCCAUGUGCAUGUGGGCACCGUGGUGACACAGCAGUAAUGAACGGGGACAGUGCUCAUGAUCAAGCCGAGGAGGCCGACUCCAAACAGGACGGCAAUGCUGAUGCAGACCCCGGAGAGGAUGCGAAUGAACAAGAAGUGAUUGUGAUUCAAGACACUGGCUUCACUGUGAAGAUCCAAGCACCAGGAACUGAACCUUUUGACCUUCAGGUGUCACCACAAGAAAUGGUGCAGGAGAUCCACCAAGUGCUGAUGGACCGUGAGGACACCUGCCACCGCACCUGCUUCUCUCUGCAGCUCGAUGGGAACGUACUCGACAACUUUGCAGAGCUCAAGUCCAUCGAGGGCCUACAAGAAGGUUCCCUUCUCAAAGUUGUAGAAGAACCCUACACGGUGCGUGAAGCUCGCAUCCAUGUACGCCACAUCAGAGACCUCCUGAAGAGCCUUGAUCCAUCAGACGCUUACAAUGGAGUGGACUGCAACUCCCUCUCGUUCCUCAGCGUGUUUACAGAUGGAGAUCUUGGAGACACUGGGAAACGCAAAAAGAAGGGCAGUGAACUUGAGCAGAUUGAUUGCACACCACCUGAACACAUUCUGCCGGGCAGCAAAGAACGUCCUUUAGUUCCUCUACAGCCACAGAACAAAGACUGGAAGCCAAUGCAGUGCCUGAAGGUCUUGACUAUGAGUGGCUGGAACCCACCACCCGGCAACCGGAAGAUGCACGGUGACCUCAUGUACCUGUGCAUUGUGACGGUAGAGGAUAGACACAUCAGCAUCACUGCCUCCACCCGUGGAUUCUACCUCAAUCAGUCAACAACAUAUACCUUCAACCCCAAGCCAGCCAACCCCAGCUUCCUCAGCCACUCUCUGGUGGAACUUCUCAACCAGAUUAGCCCCGCCUUCAAGAAGAACUUCAGCGCUCUGCAGAAGAAGAGGGUUCAGAGACAUCCAUUUGAGAGAAUAGCCACUCCCUUCCAAGUGUACAGCUGGACUGCACCACAGAUCGACCAUGCCAUGGAUUGUGUGAGGGCAGAGGAUGCCUACACCUCUCGCCUGGGUUAUGAGGAACACAUACCUGGCCAAACUAGAGACUGGAAUGAGGAGCUCCAGACCACCCGAGAACUUUCUCGUAAGAACCUCCCCGAGCGUCUGCUGAGAGAGAGAGCCAUAUUCAAGGUUCAUAGCGAUUUUGCCGCCGCUUCCACACGUGGCGCAAUGGCGGUGAUUGACGGCAACGUCAUGGCGAUCAACCCUGGAGAGGAGACGCGCAUGCAGAUGUUCAUCUGGAACAACAUUUUCUUCAGCUUGGGCUUUGAUGUACGUGACCACUACAGGGAGCUGGGUGGCGAUGCCGCCGCCCAUGCCGCCCCCACCAAUGACCUGAACGGGGUGAGGGCAUACAGUGCUGUAGACGUGGAGGGGCUCUUUACCCUUGGCACGGUGGUGGUGGACUACCGAGGUUACCGUGUAACCGCACAGUCCAUCAUUCCUGGCAUCUUGGAGCGAGAACAAGAGCAGAGCGUCAUCUACGGAUCCAUCGACUUUGGCAAGACUGUAGUGUCUCACCCCAAGUAUCUGGAGCUUCUGGAGAAGACUAGUCGCCCGUUGAAAGUGCAGCGACAUGCUGUGCUCAACGAGAAAGAUACCGCGGUGGAGCUUUCCUCCUCUGUGGAAUGUAAAGGUAUAAUCGGUAACGACGGCCGCCAUUACAUCCUGGACCUUUUGCGGACCUUUCCUCCUGAUCUCAAUUUCUUGCCGGUGGAAGGAGAAGAACUUGCUCCGGAGAGUCAGAAACUGGGUUUCCCACGACAUCAUCGUCAUCGCCUGGCUUGUCUGCGCCAGGAACUUAUUGAGGCCUUUGUAGAGCAUAGAUAUCUUCUCUUCAUGAAGAUGGCAGCACUCCAGCUAAUGCAGCAAAAGGCAAACAAAGACAAUAAAACCGCAGCACUUCAAGACUCAAGCACCGCAGAUACACAAUCCGAUAGCAAACCUCAACCUGCCGAAGCUUCUGACAAGGUUAUCGAAACCACAGCACCUCCUCGAACCUCCUCCGAUUCCACUCUGGCUACAGAAGAAUCAAAAGCAACAUCCACGCCUGAAAAGGAGGCCUUAGCCAGUCUGAAUGCAACAAACACCAACGGUACUCAUGAGCAUUCAGCAGAGAGCCACAACGGAGGCUGUGAUAGUCUUUUGGAGGGUAAGGACGCUGAUGAAAAUAUACCUGGACUUGCCCAAGCUAAAGAGCUGGCCAAGUCCUUAGCGGCGGAAGAUGGAUCUGGUAUUGACCCCAGAAGCAGAGAGGUGGUCCUCAAUGCUUGUAAAGCUGUCGGCUCCAUCAGCAACACCUCCUUCGAUAUUCGUUUCAACCCAGAUAUCUUCUCUCCAGGAGUGCGUUUCCCAGACUGUAGCUCUGAGGAGGUCCUAAAACAAAAACAACUUCUCAAAGAUGGUGCGGCUUUCCUAAUAUCCUGCCAGAUCCCAUCUUUUGUAAAAGACUGUUUAGAUCACAGUUCUCUGCCAAUGGACGGUGCUUCAUUGACAGAAGCUCUUCACCAGCGUGGUAUUAACGUGCGCUACCUUGGUACUGUGCUGGACUUUGUGGACAAUAUGUCUCCAAAAGCACAACUUGAACACAUCUAUAGAAUUGGAAUCAGUGAACUCAUCACCAGAUGUGCUAAACAUAUCUUCAAGACAUAUCUUCAGGGUGUGGAGCUCUCAGCUCUGUCUGCUGCUGUGAGCCACUUCCUGAACUGCCUCCUGAGCUCUUUCCCAGAUGCUGUAGCUCACCUCCCCGCAGAUGAGCUGGUGUCGCGCAGGAAGAAUCGGAAGAGGCGAAACAGGGUCCCCGGUGGAGGGGACAACACGGCCUGGGCCAGCUUGACUCCCAGUGAGCUGUGGAAGAACAUCGCUUCUGAGGCACAGAGCUACUAUCACUUCAAUCUACAAUGUGAAAGUGUAGACCAAGCAGUUGAGAAAUACGGCUUGCAGAAGAUCACCCUGCUGAGGGAAAUUUCCAUCAAGACAGGCAUUCAGAUAUUGAUAAAGGAGUACAACUUUGACAGCCGCCACAAGCCGACCUUCACCGAGGAAGACAUCCUAAACAUCUUCCCUGUCGUGAAGCACGUCAACCCUAAAGCCUCAGAUGCCUUCCAUUUCUUCCAGAGCGGACAGGCCAAGGUUCAGCAAGGGUUCCUUAAGGAUGGCUGUGAACUCAUCAAUGAGGCCUUGAACCUCUUCAACAAUGUGUAUGGAGCCAUGCAUGUGGAGAUCUGUGCCUGUCUGCGCCUGCUUGCUCGUCUCAACUAUAUCAUGGGUGAUCACGCUGAGGCUCUGAGUAACCAGCAGAAAGCUGUUCUUAUGAGCGAAAGAGCGCUGGGCAUUGAACACCCCAACACUAUUCAAGAAUAUAUGCACUUAGCCCUGUAUUGCUUUGCCAAUGGUCAGCUGUCCACUGCCCUGAAACUAUUGUACCGUGCCCGAUACCUCAUGCUGGUGGUGUGUGGAGAAGACCAUCCUGAAAUGGCUCUGCUCGAUAGCAAUAUUGGUCUGGUGCUUCAUGGUGUGAUGGAGUAUGACCUUUCUCUGCGUUUCCUGGAGAAUGCCUUGGCCAUCAAUUCAAAAUACCACGGACCACGUUCUCUCAAAGUAGCCCUCAGUCAUCACCUGGUGGCCAGAGUAUAUGAAAGUAAGGCCGAGUUCCGCUCUGCAUUGCAGCAUGAGAAGGAGGGUUACACGAUUUACAAGAACCAGGUUGGUGAAAUACAUGAGAAGACUAAAGAGAGCUCAGAGUAUCUGAAGUACCUCACUCAGCAGGCGGUGGCGCUGCAGAGAACCAUGAAUGAGAUCUACAAGAAUGGGUCCAAUGCCAGUAUAAUGCCACUGAAGUUCACUGCGCCAAGCAUGGCUAGUGUCCUGGAGCAGCUCAACAUAAUCAAUGGUAUCAUAUUUAUUCCUCUCAGCCAAAAGGACCUAGAGAAUCUAAAGGCGGAGGUGCAGAGACGGCAGCUGCUGCAGGUUUCUGGGAAAACCGAGGAACAGCAAGGCAGCCAGUUAGACCUGAACGAUGAGCUUCCCGUGGAUGAUUAACCACCCCCACCCAUCUCUCCACAUGAGGAGGACACGAUGCGGGAACCAUCUGUUUGAACCUGUGGACCUGAGAACUGAGCGGUCUAAUUUAACCAAUCAAAUUUGAGCAUAAUGGGAGGUGGAGGAGCAGGAACAGGUGAAAAAUGUGUACAGAAUGUAGUUUGUAGAUGUGAAGAGAAUGAAAGCAGAUGUUUAACGUGCAAUUCAACAACAAGACCAAGAGACGUGCGUUCUCUGUGAUCUUACACGGGAGGCUGGAGGUGGCCAUGGAUGUCCAUGACAUUUUUAACCAGAGCCUUAUCCAUCGAUCAUCUCUCGUAUAUUUCCAUCCGUUACGUUCAAACCUGAGCCUAGAAUAACCGCAGUCCGUCCCACAUGAACCAGUGAGUGUAGAGAGAUCCCUUUCCCACCACACACCCUCCAAUACAUAGCUUGUCUGAAAACUCAGGUGAUUUCUACAUUGCACGAGUUGCGACCAGAGAUGAUCACCGAUCAAUUCACAGAUAGACAAUAAGCUUAGGCUUGAAAAAUAUACACUUAUGGUCUAGCCUGAGGAUUGAUGCAACUUUACACAUGGUCACAUUCUGUAAAAAAUCUUUUUGUAAAAGUUAACGGGAAGGGAAGAAGCCAUUAGAUCUUGUACGCAUUAAUUUAAGCCAUGUUUGUUUUAUAGAAAUACAUUGAAAGGCUUAAAAAGGCUUAAGCGUAAAGUGUAAAGCUUUAUCUGUGGGGUUAGACAGGUACUUGAUUCAUGUUGAUGAAAUACUGAUUUCAGAUGUCCAGCUUGACGUAGAUUGUGUUCAAACUAUUUUUCACUUUAAGUGUGUGUGUGUUUAUGUAUGUGUGUAAACCUGUCUUACUAUGGUUGUCCAUGCUAGUGCAGGGAUACAGAAAUGGAUUCGGAGGAAAGUUGCUGCAACAGAAAUAAUAUUGUGAUGAUAUUUUUUUAUAUACAGCGUUAAUAUUGGAUGGACUCAUGCGUUUGAACAUGUGCGAUUAAAAUAGUGGUUUUUCGAGAUCAGAUUAGUGUGUAUGACAAUACAAUCAGUUUUGAAUCUCUUUGACAUCUUGGAUGAAAAUAAUUCAGCACAAUAUUCGGGAUCAUGACAUUACAUGCUCGGCAGUUUAAGAGGUGCUUGUUUGUUUGUUUCCUCUCUAGCAGUAUUUAUUGCACUUUCCAGUGCUGUUUUGCGUGGUCUCGUACACCACCACCAAAUGAGGAAUAAAGAUCGUCUGCUUCAUGUAAGAAACCAAAAAGACUGAGGAAGAUGUGUUUGCUUGUAUACAUGCGUUGUGUGUGUCCUGCAAAUGUCAAAAUUGUUGCUGUGCUAAAACUGUGUAUGAAGCAAUAUACUGGAAAUAAGUGCACCUUGGUUUAUGCACAUGGAUGCAAGAAAACUGCUAGCCUGAUUGUAUUUUCCAUAAAAACAGUAAAGUUGUUUAAAAAAAUGAAUCGUCUCUGGGAAUUGGGGGGGAAUAAUUUCACAUGUGAUAUUUAAUCUGUACUUAACAUCAUGAAUAUUUAGUGUGAGAUUUGUGCCUAUCAAUGCUCUGUCCUGUUAAAAGAUAGGACAAAAUUUGUGGCGGUGGAAUAGGAACUCGAAAUCUGUCUUUCAUUGGAAAAGUUGAACCUCCGCUGCAGUACCCCAAGGUGCCACAUGGGUAUGCUGUAGUCAACACGUUAAUACUGAUUGUUAAUAGGCAAAACUUCACCUAUUGCGUUAAAAAUGCGAGAUGGAUUGAUUGAAUCAAUACAAUACGUAUUUACAAUCGUAUAUAUGUCCUUGAGCAAGGUACUUGCCUUGUUGCUCUUGGGCCAUGGUUCAGCUUCCUGCAAAGAGUAAGCAUUUUGGAUAAAAAAAUAAUCUAUCCUGAUCUUCUUGAAUUAAUUGAAAUGUUAAAGCUGAUCUUAAAUACUUUCAAGAGUGUAGUUACACAUUUUCUGAACAAAAUUAAAUUUAACUGCGAAGAUCAUUGAAAUGACAUAUCUUAAAGAAAUGUGUGAAGUGUUCAUGUUAUGUACCAACAUUAAUUCAAUUCAGUAUACCAUAACUGCUUGCAUGACAAACCAAUUUGAUGUAAUAUAGACAUAGUAUUUUAAGAACAUUUUGGGAAAUUAAACAAAAGAGCAAUUUACUCUUUUAAUUAGAAUGCUAAAUUUAAAGCAUAUUAUGUGUUUUUGUAAUAUACUUCAGAACACAAAUGUUUCUAUGUAAAAGCUUGCGGACAAAAUUACAAGUUUUUUUGGGGGGGGCCUUUCACCUAUCAGUGGAAAAAGACUGUCCCAAUAAUGCUAAAAAGUGGUCAAAAUGCUUUCUCUAGUCAGUCAGUUGGGUUAAGUUACCCAGCAGUUGAGUUCACUUUUUAUAAAAAAAAUGAAAGUGGUCAAAUUUACUUGAGAGGUGUCUUGUUUGAUCAUAGAGGUUGCUGUACACCAGUCAUUUGGGGAAAUACUGCAAUUACGCCUGCCAACUAUCAUUUCUUUCUCAAUCACUUCUAACAUGCCCAAUACUAGUCCAAUGUUAACUAGAGCAAAAACACCAAAAACUAAAUUGUUUAUCUGGGAUACUAUAUAUAGAGCAAGAUACAGUGCUCUAGUUGUCAUCACCUCUAGCAGCUUCACAUCUUUUUUUCGUUUUUUUAACCGAGGUGGAUUUUUAUUUGUGUUUGGUUUGGUCUGUUUGUUCUUGACAUGAAUUUUCAUGAAAAUUGUGAAUUAAAAUGUGUGGCUGUUUUGGUUUCUUGAAUGAUUUUCAGUUGCUCCAAAUAACGAUCUAAUUAUUUUUGGGUUAAAGUAUCCUUUUGUAUUAAAAAUGAAUAAAAAUA